UACCGACUCUUGCCAAAUGCCAAAUGUUGUGCAAUUGAAGACUGAAAAGCUCGGAUGCCGGUUGAAUUUGAAAAACAGCGACAUUAACAAACCACGGCGAUUGAGAUUUGCAUUGCACCUUGGCAAUAGCAUUUAUCCAAUGCAACAAAAUGCCAUCAUAAAUUUUUACGUUGACUCUGCGGUAUCCCAAAUGCUUUUUAGAAACUACACUCUGGAUCCUGUUCGGGUUAUUUUAUCAUCAGACUCCUCUAUUCUGCAACAGAAGCAGUGUUACUCAAACAAUGACCCACACAUGAAAACGUUUGACGGGAUAACGUACGAAAACCAGAACGAAGACCGAUUUUUGUUAUACAAGAAUCAGGCUUUCCAACAACAAAUUCAAAUUCAAACAACUCACUGCCUUGGAAGUGACGUGCCCGUGUUUUGUAACUGCGGCGUUAUGAUAAGUUCUGGGCGGGACAUUUUCGUCGUUAACAAUUGCGGAGGAAAUGGAAUCUGGGACGUUAGAUUCCGGUCGUGUGUGGAUGGUGUUCUUUACAACCGUGUAAACAAGUUAUCUAUAUUCCAUUUCCAGGUAAAAUAUAAAACAAAUCAUUGA